AAAAGCAGGGGAAAGGGAGACGGGAGGCGAAGUAAAGAGGUAGGGGCGGCUCCGCGUCCAGGAGCCGGGUACUGGCACGGCCUCGGCUGGAGGCCUGGGGGCGGGCUGCGGCCGCCCUUCCCAGGCCAGGAGGGCGGCGCCGCGCAUGCUCCAAACCUCUGUAGAAGCGAAAGUGAAGCCAAUCGCUGCUUUCUCCACCGCUGCCUCCCGCCUGGCACUGCCUUCGCGUCCCGCCCCAAUGGGAGGAGCAGCCCUGGGGACCGACCCUCGUCCGGCGCGUGCGGCCGUAGCGUCUCGGCGUUCGGCCCCGCCCCGCCCGGUCCCCGCCCCCCCUGGCGCGAGCCGCUUCCUGACGAGGUUCCCCUCCCCCUCCGGGUGCGCGCAGGGAGUCGGGCCUCGGGCCGCCACCGCCACCGCCACCUCGGCGGCUACCGCCGCCUUGAUUCCCCACCCCGCCAUGGCCGAGGAUCUCUCCGCGGCCACUUCCUACACCGAAGAUGAUUUCUACUGCCCCGUCUGUCAGGAGGUGCUCAAAACGCCGGUGCGGACCGCGGCCUGUCAGCACGUUUUCUGUAGAAAAUGUUUCCUGACUGCAAUGAGAGAAAGCGGAAUACAUUGUCCCCUCUGUCGUGGAAAUGUGACUAGAAGAGAGAGAGCAUGUCCUGAACGGGCCUUAGACCUUGAAAAUAUCAUGAGGAAGUUUUCUGGUAGCUGCAGAUGCUGUGCAAAACAGAUUAAAUUCUAUCGCAUGAGACAUCAUUACAAAUCUUGUAAGAAGUAUCAAGAUGAAUAUGGUGUUUCUGCUAUCAUUCCAAACUUUCAGAUCUCUCAAGAUUCAGUAGGGAACAGUAAUAGGAGUGAAACAUCCACAUCUGAUAACAUAGAAACUUAUCAAGAGAAUACAAGUUCUUCUGGGCAUCCUACCUUUAAGUGUCCGUUGUGUCAAGAAUCGAAUUUUACCAGACAGCGUUUACUGGAUCACUGUAACAGUAAUCACCUAUUUCAGAUAGUUCCUGUGACGUGUCCUAUUUGUGUGUCUCUUCCGUGGGGAGAUCCUAGCCAGAUCACUAGAAAUUUUGUUAGUCAUCUAAAUCAAAGACAUCAAUUUGAUUAUGGAGAAUUUGUGAACCUUCAGCUAGACGAGGAAACCCAGUAUCAAACUGCUGUUGAAGAAUCUUUUCAAGUAAACAUCUGAAGGCUGUAGCGAUCUCUGCAUCUUUGUACCUGCAAGUGCCAUCUUUCAGGAGAAAACUACGUGAAGUCACCUUUUCAAUAACCUGAUGUAUAUAUUAAUAAAAGUAAUUCAGUCUAUUGUUUUAGUUUUUAAUUAAAGAAAUAAAGAUGGGCCAUCUAAAAAUUUCAUUCUCUUGAUAAGUUAAAAAAUGCAAGUUAGGACAUUAUCUUUAAAAGCAUUAAAAGGAUUAUAUUUCAUUAAUGUAAUGGUGAAAGGGAAUCCCUGUUGUACUUUAUCUUUUUAAUAUUACAUUUUCUUGAAUUUUUUCCUUAUGUUGCUUUUGAAAUUUGGUGCAGUUUCUCCCAUUGAUGUUAUUGCACACAGGUAACAUAGUAGCAAGUUCUGAAAGAUGUGAUUGAUAUGAUCCUAACAAAUCUGAGCCAGUCAUCAGAGUUGCAGGAUGGAGACUUGAAGUGCUAAAUGAAGCAAUCCAAAGGAAAUUUUUUAAAACAGAUUCUAGCUGAAGAAUUCAACUGUAAGAACAUGGUAUUUAUAUACCAUUUAGUAUUUUUGAAGACUAGUGAGAUUUCUUUAAUAAUCUUAACUGUUUAAAAAUGUUCAAUGUAAAGAUUUGUUUUGUUUUUGCUAUUAGAAGGAAAUAUCAAGAGAAAAAUUUAUUUCUUUUGCGGGCAGUUUGUAAUUUCAGAUCUUGUUUGUUUGGCUGACUAAGUUGUAAGCCUAAAUUAUAUGAAGCUGAAUUAUAGCUCUUUGGCCCCACAAGUUUCAAUAGUCAGUAUUUCUGAUUAGCUAAGAUGAAACUUUUAUUAGACACUUUCAGUUGGUAAUUCAGUUGGAUAUUCUAACAUGUAUUUUAAUGAGAAGUUUGGUUUCAUCUCAGUUGAGACAUUCAGUCAAAGCUAAAAGUAUGUAUAUACAUACGCUUUUGUGUGUGUGUAUAUAUAUAUACACACAUGCAUGCAGUUUGCAGGUUAUAUACAGAAUUUUUAUUAAGAUUUAAAAAAUUGAUAAGCAAUACGGGAUUGAAGUUUUUUCUGAUUUGAUUAAAAUUUUGUAUAUCAUCAAAUUUUUAAAAAGUUAUAGUCAAAUGUUAAAAGUGUUUUAGUUGGCUGCUGUUAUACCUUAAAAAUUGAGUUUACACACACCCAAUUACUGUUUAUAUGGUGCUCAUUUGUUCUCAAAGAUACUGCAUGACUAAGAAGUAGUGAGACACAUUCUACCAGCCACUCUGUUUCACUACUUUUUAGUCAAACUGGUUUGUUAGCAUUCGUUAAUGAGAAUCAUAAAAUAACAUGUACUAGAAGGCCCAAAUCAUAGAACGAAAGAUGGAUUAGUUGACAUUCCAUACUAAUAUACAUUGUUUAUGCUUUCUUUAAAAUAAAUAACUAAAGGAACAUAAAAAAAUCUCAAGUAGUUUGCUGCUAAUAUAUACAUAUAUUGUAUAAAAGGUAUAUUUUGGUUUUCUUAAAACCCUUGUUGACUUUUCUACAGUGAACAUUUUUUUAACUUGAUUUAAUAAAAAUGUUAAUUUUGGAAGUGGAGUUUUAUAAAAACCUUUUUCAGUCAAUCAGUUAUUAUCACUAUUUAUGGGUAGUAAUAAUCACCAAAAAAGCCAUACAUCUUAAUGAACAAAUGCCUUUGUUCUGUCAUUCAGAAGAGUGAUGUUUACCAUGUGCUUGAACAUUUUCUCUGCAGUUACAUGAGUGUAAUUGUAAGAAUAGCUGUUUAAGGAACUCUUGAAAUAGAGACUUUUGAACAUAGGUUUUUCCAGUUUAAAGCAAUAACUUUAGUACUCUCUUUCAAAGUUAAUACUUCCAGUAUGUCAAGUUAAACCAUUUUGGGGUGUGAGAACUUCUUCAAAGGAAAAUUGUAGUAGAGGUCAUUUUGAUGAAAUUGUGUUUUGAAGUUUUGUGGAUUAGUUAAAUAACAUUAAUAGUCUUGUGUGUCUUUCAUAUAAGCUUUUUCAUAGGAAAAUAUUGACUUUAUUUGCUAUUUAGGAGCUUCUCAUUUUGGAAAUGUUUAAAAUCUCCCACCCUUUUGUCAGUGGAUUAGGAAUAGGGAUAAGGCUUUACAGAUUUACAGUUUAAAUUCAUGAGAAAGUCGUUAUUUUUAAUAUGCUUAUAGCUGAGUCAGGAUAAAAGAGGGAAACUGUAUUGAUACUCUGAUACCUAAAUUUCACAGUACCACUUAGGAAAGCUAUUUCCCUCAACAAAUUAUAGCUUAUGUUGUUAAAGUCUUAUUUGAGAUGUAUUGCUUUAUUUUUCAAUUAAAAGUGGUUUUCUCCUACUUGUGUGUCUAAUUAAAAUUUUGUCUAGAGGCAAACAUAACUUUUAGUUCUCAUAACUCACUCUGGAAGACAUGUAGGAGAUAACCUAUUAUUUUGCACUUAAAAAUGGAUAGGAGAAGGCUACCACAUGCUGAUGCUAUGUUGGAUUUAACUUUAUAAACCUAUUUUACGUUUAUUUCAAAUGUUAAUCUAUUUUAUCAAGUGUUACAUGCACCAAGAUUUUCAAGCCCUGUUAGCAACCAGGCAGAAAGAUAGUUAACUGAUUAUUAAACACUUUUAUACGGAGACGUUACCCUUCAGUAAGAUGUAAGGGCUAUAAGAAUAUAUUACCAGUAUAUUACCAAAUACAAUGUUAUAUACCUGUUGGGCUUUUCAAUAAGCAUUACGAUCUUUAGUGAAUCAACUUCUAUAGAAAGCCCUCAGGGCUGCUACUCAAAGAAUAAACCCUUUGUGGAGGUGGUGAUGUUUUAGCCUCUGUAUAACAGGUUUGACCCAGAAACCAUGUAAGUACAUGUGGUAUAAAACUCAUAAUAGAAAUCUGAAUGAAGUACUCAUUCCAUGAUACCAUUUAGUGUGCAAUAGAAUUUUCUUAUGCUGUACAAUUUUGAAAAAAAUAGGGACUAGAAAUGAGUUGUAUUAAGAGAUUAAAAGAGGAUGCAGGAACCUGAAGAAAAUGGAUAUUACAGGCUGCAUCCCCCAACCCCAACAGCAAUUGUCCAAUCCUGGAGCCGAGAGAGAUGACAGUAGCCACACUCAUUUGAUGAGGAAGAUAAAUAUGUGUAUUCCAUUGUGUAUUUAAUUGACACACUGAAAUUAAGAAGAUAAACACCUGUUUUACAUUAUGUACUUGAUUGACAAACGUGUAUUAAACUAUAUUCCAUACAAUUUCCUAUGUAGUAGGAAUUCGUAAAGAGUAUAAUGGUGGAGAUGACUGUUGCAGAAUUUAAGCAAGGCAGGGGAGUAAACAUGGAGGAGACUGUGGUAAUCAGAAGAAUUAUAGCCGUUCUGUGGAGGCUAUGGAGAGGAAGAAAGAAUACAUGAGAUGUGAGGAAGAAAAGUCAUCUGUCUAAAUGGACAAAAUAAUGAUACAUGAUACUGAACGUGCACCAAAUGAAUAGCAACAGUCUGAGUAAUGUGAGAUCAGAACAAGAAAGUACUAGAAUCCUGUAAGUCCCUCACCAUCACCACUAACUUCUAGUACUGUUGAUUCUUUGCCUGCUUUUAUACUUUAUAUAAAUGGAGGCACCCAGUAAAAAUUACAUCUGGCGACUUGCUCAACAUUGUUUUGAGAUUUUUAUGUCAGUUUUUAGUUUAGUCGACAGCUUACCCACAGCAAUUUGUCUUUUGUCCAGAACAGAAGCUACUAAGAAGUAGCUUCUAAAGCAACUUUUUAAUAAUUGUGAAAUUUGUGUUUGAUGUAUUGCAAGUGGUUCUUUCAUGUAUGUUGGCACCUGGGGGUGCCAAACCCAGGUAAAAGUUGAAAACUGGCUGGUCUUCCCCUCAUAAUAACUGAGGAAAGACAGGUGAAGAGUAUAAUGGCCUUCCACUUCUCUUACCUGAUUGCUCGUAAAUUAUGGAUAAGAUGUUCUCUUGUCGGCAUUUUGUGGACACAGGAGUUUAGUAAGUAUGUAAGGACUACCUUUUCUGGGAAUAGAGUCUAAUGCUACCAAUAGAAAAUGAAAGAGCUGCAGUAGAUAAAGAAGGGAAUAAACAGAUCUUUGCUGGGAUAAUGAAAGCAUUUGAAAUAACCAAGCCUAGUUUGUCUAAACAGUCUGGAUUUGACGACAUUGUAGGUUGAUAACUUGUGUGGUUUGGAACAAAUACGUAGCCUCUCUGGGUUAUGAAAAUUGAAAUACAGAAAGUUCUUGAAAUAGCCUGUUAUCUGAACUACAGUGUAUUCAAUACAAAUCUAUCAAUUAUGUUUAUAUCUCAGAUUUCUUCAGUAUCUUUAAAAAUUCCUUCCAGGAAAGUCUGGAAAAACAUUUCUGUUUUCCUUUUAGAAUAUAGAACCUAAAGGGUUAUUAGUCUUUGCUAGCCUCAGCUUUUGUAGGAAGAUCUGAGACGUUAUCUUUUUCUCCAAGAAGUACAAGUAGUCCAGACAAUGAGAAAUUCUAAAAGAGUAAUCUAUCUUUUAGAAUAAUCCUUAUAAAGAAUAGUCAAUCGAUGAUCAUACUUUUUGAUCAAAUGAUUGCACAUGAUUUAUUAUGAGAAAUUUAUUUGACUUAAAAAAAAAAGUCUUCUCCUUUCAUGAGAACUCAGGAUCUACUCUUGAUGACUUUGAAAUAUACCAUACAGUAGUAUUAAUGAUAGGUACAUUAUGACUCAUUUUAUUUUUUAAAUGCUUGUUUCUUAGACAAUAAUUAACAUGAAGAAACUGCUGUCUAGCAGAAAACUUGUUAUAUUUGCAAUGUUAGCAAAUCACUUGAAUAACAUAUAUGAUUAUCUAGACUAGUGGUUAGUUUAUUUAAGAACUUAAGUUUAAAAUAGUUCUGACCUUUUUGCAAAGUUGAGUGUUGAGAAUAUUACUUUAUUCCACCUUUGUUUUUCUGUUUCCGUGUAGAAUAAUAAAGUCAUUACAUGACAGUAUUUUUAAUGAGAACUUCAAAAAUAUUUCAAUGAAAAUAUUGGCGUCGUUGGGUACUUUUACAGAUCUCUCCUCUCUGGCGUAAUGGAAGACAGCUGGGUACUUUUAUUUGCGUCUGCAUUGAAUCUGUUACGAUUGAUUGUUUUGAUUGAAGGAUAGGAAGGCAAUCUAAUUGCACACAGAUAAUGUAGUUGGAAAAAGGAAUAUAUUAACCUGUUUUUAAAUGGCUGUGGAUAUUUGUAUAGUAUCAAAGAAUAUUUUGAUACUGUACCAAAACUCAACAAAUGGUAACUUCUUAAAAGUUGCAGUCUGAAAUCAGGUCAAAACUUUUUGUACACUGGUGACAGUAAAAUCCAUUUGUCUUCCACUUUGGAUCUUUUACCCAUACGUGAUUUUGUAACAUUGUGUAAUAGUUGGAAGAUGGUAGUGUGAUUUACUUAGAUAAUCCAAAUAUUGACACAUUUUUUUAAAUCAAAUAAUCAUGUUUGUUAAUAUCAUCACUGAUCUUACCACUUUAGAAAGUGGGAAGCUGAGAAGAUCACAGCUUUUCCAAAAUUCUAUUUUUAGAACCUCAAAUUUUGUCAUUGGCAACAAAUGAUUUUUUCCCUGAAGUGAUGGGCUCAUUUCCUCCACACACGCAAGUCUGAAUAAACUUAGUUUGUUCAUCAGUUGCUCUUUUAAGCAAAAAUGGUGGUGCCAUAGAAAAAGCUCAAAACUCAGCAAUUGCACAAGUACAUUUCUUUGAGACAAUCAUUGCACCUUUUUGUGCAGGAAAGUGCUUUGUGCAUAUUACCUAUUAUACAGGAUUUUAAAAAUUCUUGUACUUAAGCAUUGUUAAAUGUUAAAACAAAAGAUUUCACUGUUUGAGUAAAGGUAUUCACUUGUUGAGAUGAGCAUCAGAGUGAACCUGCCCCAGCCAAUCUUCUGCAUCUGCACCAUAACGGUUUUGAGUUUUGCAUUUUUGAACCCUAUUUUCUUAACUGGUUCUUCAUUUUUUUAUUUUCAAUUUUAUUAUCAAUAUCCAUUUCAAUUUUUUUUAUUCUUAAUCACAUUUCGUGCCUAUUUUUAAAGGAUAUAUAUAUAUAUAUAUAUAUAUAUAUAUAUAUCAUAUACUGCAUUAAUUUGAGUGUGGUUUAUUAUAGAUCUAUGCUCCAUUCAGAUCUACUGACUAAUCAUUUACUCAUUCAUUUACCUUUUUUAGUAUUCACUCCAAAGGACAAGAUUUCAAUCGCCUCCCCCCAAAUACUAAAUAAAUGCCAAUUUAAUUUCAAGGAAAACUUGAUUAACAUUUUUUGUGCACAAUUAUAUCUUAGUUUUUUUCCUCUUUAACGACUGACCUUGCUUUGGCUUAUAACCCAGUGAACUUCACAGGGAUCUACCAUCUUUCUCUAAAGGAUUUACCCUUAGACCCUCACGUGUGCUUCAGGAAAAUCUCUCAUGAUCACUUCAGGGCUUUCAAAUGGGGGAAACCAGCCCAACAGUGAAUGAAAUUACCCAGAAGCCUAAGUUCUUUUGACAAAGAUUUAAUAAUAUAUUUCUUAUGUCUCCCUGAGAGCAGCUGGGUGCCCAGGAAGGAAUUUUGUCAAAAUGGGGAAAAGACAUUUGAACGCAGUGUUAAAGUCAGUGACUCAUGUAGUUCAUAGUCUUUCUGUUUAUAGAAGCUUAAAGAGAAUUUGGAUGAAUUGCUCAUGGUCACAAUAGCCAGUGAGCAGCAGAAGCAGAAAGUGAACACAGUCAUUUUACUCCUGAUCCUGUGACAAUUGUAUUUUACUCAAUUGUAGAACUGAAUUUCGCUUCAAAAUCUAGUUCUCUAUAGUCUUUUUGCUAAUCGCCUCUUCUGUUCAUGUGCCUUCUGGCUUUAAGCUAUAAAAAAUUCCAGGCAUAGAUAGGGUACUGAGAUUCAUAACAUUGUCUCUAAGGUUUAAAAAGAAAGGGGUAUGUGUUCUCAGUUAUAGAAGUUAUAACUGCCCAAUGGAGAAAUUGAAAAGCAAUGAAAAGCAUCUAAACACACAUAUAAACUUGCCAUCUAAUGUAAUGAUUAAAAUUUUGGUUUAUGACAAUGCUUUAUAUAUAUUUAUGUGUUUAACUUUUUGUAGGUUUUACUAAGAUGGGUAUGUUUUGUAGCCUAUGUUUUGUUUAACUAUCAUUUUCAAAUGUUGAAGAUUCUAUGAUAUUUUUAAUAGUUUCAUGCAUUCCAGUGUAUAGCUGUCUUAUUUUGCAUAUUCAGAUUGCUUUCUAUUUCUUAAAAUUAUGUCUGUGAUGAUAUUCUAUUCAAUCUUGCCUUUUGCUACCUUGCAACCAAUCUGGAAACCAAACAACCAAGCUUAUUAGAAUUGUGUCUAAGUGAAUAAUAAACAAGCUCUGAUUGAAGGGAUGUGGAUUUCUCCAAAAGUAAUGUAAAUUUAAGUUCACGGAAUUUUUGAAUGUCAUAAUAAUUAAUAGAGCUCUAAGUUAUUCCACCUUAGGUUUGAAACCAGGUCCCAUCAUUUAUUAGCUAUCACCUUGGGUAAAUCAUUUAGUUUGCAUAAUGCAAUCUGUUCCUUCUUUGUAAGUGAGAUUAGCAAUGCCCUACUUCAUAGAGUCAAUGUCAAGAUGAAGACAAUGCCUGAUAAGUAGCAAGCACUUGGUUUCAGCCAUUUAAAAAAAAUA